AGACAGUAGGCUGCAUGCCACCUCCUGUGUCUUCUGCAGUGAUUUUAACCAAAGCUGUUGGUGGAAAUGAGGCAGCUGCUAUAUUUAAUUCCGCUUUUGGAAGUUUUUUGGGCAUUGUUAUAACUCCACUUCUGCUUCUGCUUUUUCUUGGAUCAUCCUCCUCUGUGCCUUUUACAUCUAUAUUCUCGCAGCUGUUUAUGACUGUUGUAGUCCCCCUUAUUAUUGGACAGAUUGUCCGAAGAUACAUCAAGGACUGGCUUGAAAGGAAGAAGCCUCCAUUUGGCGCUAUCAGCAGCUGUGUGCUCCUGAUGAUCAUCUAUACAACGUUCUGUGAUACCUUCGCCAAUCCAAAUAUUGACCUUGAUAAAUUCAGCUUGAUUAUAAUAGUGUUCAUAAUAUUUUCUGUUCAGAUGAGCUUCAUGUUUUUGACUUUCCUCUUCUCUACAAGGAAUAACUCUAGUUUCACACCAGCAGACACAGUGGCUAUCAUUUUCUGUUCCACACACAAAUCCCUCACCCUGGGGAUUCCAAUGCUGAAGAUCGUAUUUGCGGGUUACGAGCACCUGUCCUUAAUUUCCGUCCCCUUACUCAUCUAUCAUCCUGCACAGAUUCUUCUUGGCAGUCUGUUGGUACCAACAAUAAAAUCUUGGAUGGUUUCUAGGCAAAAGGUUCCUUCUUAGACAUCCCAUGGCACUGAAGUUAACCAGGCAGCCCAAAGCACCCGUGAAGGUAUAAUUACGGAGAUGGCCUGUGUCGCAGUGAAUGUAUAUAUGUACUAUACUGUACACACAGAUAAUUGAGACAACUGGGUAUUUGUGAAUGUUGCUUCAGUGCAUACUUUAUUUUUAUAUAUAUAUAUAUAUAUGAGAUACCUGUUAAGUGCCUUAUAGAUGCGUUUUUGGCAGAAGUGUUGUUUCCAGAAGCCACUUUGUUGGUUACUGCAAGAGGUUGUACAGUAUUUUGGAGUCCUUUAGUUUUAUUUUUCUAACUGAGUGAAUGGUCAUGACUAACAGUGGUUUCUUCCAUUGUCCCUGCUUUGAAGCCAGGGUGCACCAGCUGUAAGUCUCUCUUUUAAACUAGCCAAAAUGACCAGAAGCCUAUCCCACUGCUGGCUUACCCUGGGGAAGAGCUUUCUGAAGGUUUUUUUUCAAGACUGACUUGAAUUUCUGUGUGACACUGUUACACUCCCUAGUCAUAUGACUGUGACAUGCCUUUUUCUUCUGAGUUUGUGUAUACUCAGCAUGGGGCCAUCCAUUGGAUAGAAGCUGAGAAGCAUGAAUUAUUUGCAUUUGUUGACACAGUUGUCUAGACAUUCCUUCAAAGUUAAUGGUUCCUCAAGAAAAUUCUUUCAAUUCCAUUGUAUGAUAUUGUGCCAUUGUAUAUCUUAAAUGCCUCAUAAGCUUCUUCAAAGAAAUGGUCUGGUGCUUGGGUUAUGAGUGAAGUAUUUGUGUUUGCAGCUAGGAGAUCUUUUAUAAUUUACCCCUGAAGAACACAAAUUUUUGUUUUUCUUUUUUCUUUUCCUUCCCCCGGUGCAAUGCACAGAGAUCUGCAGUGACAGAAUUUAGGAUGCUAAUAUUGAAACUGAGCCUUUAUUGUAGUAAGCUAAGCAAUGUUUUCUAUAUUGCUGCAUUGGUAAUGAAUAAUAGCUUGUGAGAACAAGUAAGUUGACUUUUUUUUUCCCCCCCCAAUUAAAAGGAUCCUUAUACUAAGAGAAACACUAUCUUAGCUAAUUUGACAAUCAGUCACAACUUUUUAAAAAACAAUGUUACUCUUUUUAAUUAGCUUAUAUAAAAAAAAGAGUACAAAAUACUAUUUCUAAGAGGAGCGUUGAAGAGAAAGGAACACAGGCAUACAUUUAAACAUAUAGCCAGCACUGCAUCUUGUCUGGGAGAUUGAGAUUUUUAGAAGCACACUCGAGUCCAGACUCUGAAGUGUACCCAUCUGCAAAAACUGUGCUAGCAAUUGUGCAUUAAAACAUUAAAAGGAAUGAAAGAAAUAGGUCAAACUGGGAUCGAUAUAAAUGCAGAAGUUUCACGUGUGUCCUGGUUAACAUUGCAGUUAAUGGUGCAACUGAGCGCAAGCACAGAGGAGCACGUCUUUAGCAGAUGUAAAUUAUCGUAGCUCUGAUAAGGCUAUAGGCAUUUACACAGGCUAAAGAUCUUUUGUGUGACGAUAGGCAUGUGAAAUUCAUAUCCUUUUGCCUUAGUGAAAAAAAUUGUAUUUGGUUUACCUAGUCUGUUAUUCCUAGUCUGUUAUUCCUGUGAACAACAGGAAAGUAAUCUGGUACCCAUCACUGGUGCUUUACCUGAUGGUCAGUCCAGGCAAGAAUGCUCUGUUGCCAUCCGUACGAGAAACUGCUGGGAGCUGACAGCGUCACCUUGUUCAGAAUGUCAUCACCAAUAAAACGACCAUGUAACGAAGGUACGUGAGGUGGCAACGUGCUGAAUUCUUUCAUUCCCUGGAAGGGGAUCAAGCUCUGCACACUGAGCAGGCAGGAGGACUGAGGGACACUGUCCACCAUCCGUGUCCCCCAGGGCUCUGCUCUCUUACCACUAGCCAGUGAUGCAAAGGGCACAGCGGGCAGCGAGUUCACAGUUUUGAUCAGCACAUCCCUCGAUAGCGUAGUCAGAUCCACCAACAAGCCAACCUGCAAGGUAACUGGGAGCAAAUAGCAUGCGUGUUAUUGGGCCAAAUUCAAGGCUAACCUGUGACUGUCUCCAUGUGGGAAAAAAUUCCUUUGUCUGGGCUUAAAAACUCUGUUUGCAGCAGAGGGCCCAGACUCAGGACAGUUUCUUUUUUGUUCUGUUCCCAUAAAUGUGAACUUCCAGAGUUGGUUUUGAACGGCAAAGCAACAGGCCCAGAAAGAGUGCUCGCUUUUUAAAAAUACAUAGGAAGAGUUCAAGCAUACAGUAACUUACUGUGGUUGCGUCAAUGCUAAAUAGUCAGAACACUGCACGUACCCUUACUGAGCUACCUCUGCGUACUGAACCUCCGAUUUUCAGUACAUCCAACAACUUGCUUAGAUUCCACUGAACACAGCCUAUUUUCUUUGUUAAUUUUUUGUCUACAUUUAAGAAUAUUUCAAACUGUUUUAAGAUGGGGUUUUGUUAGAGCCUUUACAAAGUCCUUGUUGAUUGCUUGGGGCAGCCUAAAUAUUGUGUGGUGAAUGUUGGAGGUGUUGGUCUAAAGGGAAUAUAAAGCAAAACUGAAAUACAUAUUUAAAAUCCAUACUUAAUGAAACUUAAUUAUGCAUAUCAAUUCUGUUACGUUUGAAGACUGUUGUUUGUUUUAUGACUUGUCAUUAUGCCUAUAUGUCUUUAAUAAACAGAAUGGGUUUGAAUUUAAUUUGUUAGUAGGAAAACAAGAUAAAAUUACUUAUCCUCUAGGUCAACUUUUUACCUCUGUUACCUAUGUUUUGUUCCUUUCUGGGUAAGCUUUUAAACUCUUUGCUUGUUCUUAAAAAAAAAAAAAAUAAUCUGUGAACUGUACGGAAAUAUUUUAUGAACUAAACCCAAGGAAAGAAAGUCCUCAGAAUACUGCCAAUUAUCAUCAACUGAAAAUUAAUUCAUUGAACUCCACCAGUUUUUCAGUAGAGGGUUAGUACAGUUGUGUAUCUUUUCAACUUCUUGGCUGUAAAUUUAACUGAGAGAUAGCUGGUAUUGAAUAUAAUCAGGCAAAACUGAUGGCAAAUGAGAACUUUGCCCAUGUUAAAAUAUAAGGAUUUUCUUGAUCAUCAACUUCUUAUCUUCUGCAUAUCUAUAAUCCCAUGUAAUGCUAGCAGAGGAAAAAAACCGCCCAAACAAUAAAAGAACACUUCAGAAGUCACAGGGAAUCUUAGCACUUGGCGUUGAGUUACUCAAACGUGUUCUUUCCCUUUUUGUGCACUAAAUCGAGAAGCUUUUGAUGACCCCAGUAAUAGGUCCAAGAUAAAUCAUUUUUCAUGUAGUUAAAAUCAAGAUCGUGGUUGUGGGUUUUUUCUUACAGAUCCUUUAGUUAGUGCGAAUAGGUCGUAUGACAGCAAAGGCAAUCUCAGCAGAAGCCGCGCAGUUGUGCUUGUUCACAGAGCAAAAGGAGAGUAAUCCAGCAGCUGGGUUUUACAGAAGUAGUCCCCUGCGUUAUUCUGGCAGUCGGGGAAAGAGGAGCUGUUAGUUUUAUUUGUGUACGGUUUUCUGUGGAAAUACCUUGACAGCAGGAGGUUAGAAGGCAAGAUGAAAUAUUGUCUGUCUGCAAGCACAUUUAUUUAUGUGCAAGUGCAUACGUGCAUAAGAGAUGAGCAGUUAUAUAUGUAGAAAUCACUAGAAAGGACCAAGUCCCUGGUAUACAUUUUUUUUGCAAGACUGCAU